AUGGCUAAAGAAAAGGCUGCCAGGGUAAUAUACUGGCAUCGUACGGACCUGCGAUUGCACGACUCGCCAGCGCUUCAAGCAGCAUUGGACCUGGAGCCUGAAUGCCUUUGGCCAGUCUGGACUUGGGACAGCCAUUAUGUAUACCGUGCUCGGGUUGGCCCCAACCGAUGGAAGUUUUUGAUUGAAUGUCAAAAAGACCUUUCCGCUUCUAUUACUAAGUUAAACCCUAAAUCACAGCUCUUUGUACUUCGUGAGGCACCACAGACCUUGUUUCCAAAGCUUUUUAGAUCGUGGCGAGUAACCCAUCUGGUGUUUGAAAAGGACACGGAUGCGUACGCCCGUGAGAGAGAUGAGAUGAUUUUAAAAUUCGCACAAGAGGCUGGAGUCGAGGUCAUUGUCAAGACAGGGAGAACUCUCUAUGACCCUGAUCUGCUUGUAAAAGAGAACCAUGGAAAACCUACUAUGAGCAUCACCACAGUCCAGAAUCUAGCUAAGAAGCUUGGAACGGUCCCGCGCCCGAUACCUGCGCCAAGAACUUUGCCAGAUCCAGGUCAUACGGACAUUGAUUUUGAGCAAGAAAGACCAUGUCAUACGCCAGAUCAUAACAACGUUCAGCGUAAUCAGGCAGAUAACUCCUAUUCAACCCUCUCAGGGCCCUUUGAUGAUUUUUCUGUCCCCACAAUGGAAGAGCUAGGCUUGAAGCCUGCCACCACACCUCAUAAGGGCGGAGAGACGGUAGCUCUCCGAAUGUUGGAUGAGAUAAUUAAGAACAAAGACUAUACGGCUACCUUUGAAAAACCGAAGACGGCACCUACAGCCUUCUCGCCUCAAGCUACGACUCUUCUUUCUCCUUAUCUCCACUUCGGCUCUCUCAGUUGUCGCGAGUUCUAUUGGCGUGUUCAAGACAUCGUCAAUUCGUACAAGGGCAAUGCCAGUUUCCCACCAGUUAGUUUGACAGGCCAGUUGUUGUUCCGCGACAUGUAUUUCGGAGCUCAAGCUGCAUUGGGUUACAGUUUCGGGCAGUCAUACAACAACCCCUAUUGUCGGUUCAUCCCAUGGCAUCUACCCUCCAAAAUAAAUACAGCCAAGAAACUCAUCACUGGUGAAUACGAGAUUGAUUCUCCGGUUGCUGAAGAGUACUUCCAAAGAUGGAAGCAAGGAAGAACCGGUUUCCCAUGGAUCGAUGCAUUGAUGCGCCAGCUGAAGGUAGAGGGAUGGAUCCAUCACCUGGGCCGACAUGCUGUGGCCUGCUUUCUUACGCGUGGGGGGUGCUACGUCGACUGGGAGCGUGGUGCCGAGGUUUUCGAAGAAUGGCUCAUAGAUCACGAAUCGGCCUGCAAUAUUGGCAAUUGGCAGUGGCUCUCUUGCACGGCAUUUUACAGCCAAUUCUACCGCUGCUAUUCGCCCAUUGCUUUCCCGCAAAAGUGGGACAAGGAAGGCCACUUUGUGAAAGAAUUCGUCCCGGAGCUGGAGAGAUUUGAAACCAAAUACAUAUAUGAACCAUGGAAAGCGCCAAUUGUGGACCAAAAGAAAUGGGGCUGUCUCAUCAAAGGGGACAGACCAGUUGAGGAAGGAGGAUAUAAGACAUAUCCCAAGCCAAUGUUCGACUUCUCGGAGCGGAGGGAGAUAUGUAUCAACGGCAUGAAGAACGCGUACCAAAUCGGGCUGUUUGGAGACGACCCAAAAGUUUUGGACGGAACAUGGAGAGAACUGUUUGAUAAUAGUGCUGAAGGGCCUACAAAGGGCAAGCAAGGCCCACCAGGUGCCAUGGUUGGGGAAGAUGCAACGCAAGACUCUGGAGGCUCCGAAGCCAAGGCGACUCGCAAACGUCGAGGCGGUACUCAAAGUACCCUAGAUGCUUUGUUAAAGAGAUCAAGGCAAUGA